AUGUCCCUCUAUUUCGAUGCGGUCGCCAUUCUGACUGCACCCGCAUCUGGAGGCUCCUUCAAGUCUCGCAUAUACAACGCACGCAACUUGCGCGCCUCCCCGGCUCAGAUCUAUGCGCUCAUCAUUGAGGCCUCCAAAUGGGACACUGUCCUGGCAGAAGUCAUUGAGAAUGCAGACAUCCUUAGCCUGGAGCGUAAGCUCACGCCACUCCUCGCACUCCUCUUGGUCCAUGAUCACCUUCUCGCGAAGAACGGGAUUGCUGCCCCGGCUGCACACCCUAUUCGACAAGCCCUGGAACGUCACAAAGUACGACUCCGGGCAGAAUUUACUAAGGCUCGCGUGCGUCGAGGAUGUGCAUCGGUCGAUCAGCUCAAAGCUGCUGUUCGACGCGAGAAGCGCGAGGCUCAUGGACCAGAUCACUUCACGUACCCACGCUGGGUACGAGUUAACAACAUUCGCAGUACGCUGGACGAUCAGCUUCGCACGACGUUUGCGGACUACCAGCUGGUCGAUACGCUGGCGGCGCUGACCCCGGACGAUGACGAUCGAACGAAACGCAAACUGCUCUAUCUCGAUCCCCAUAUCCCGGACUUGGUGGCUGUCCCAUUUGGAGCGGACUUCACCGUGUCGCCUGCAUACAGAAAUGGAGAGAUUAUUCUACAGGAUAAGGCGUCAUGUUUCCCCGCCUAUCUCUUGUUGGGUGAUCGAGGGGCAAAAGAUGCCUGGGAGGGUGACUUGGUGGAUGGCUGCGCAGCGCCAGGAAACAAAACCACCCACAUGGCCUCCCUUUUAGCCAAACACCGGAAGCAGAAGACGCCACGAAAACAGAUAUUCUCCAUGGAUGCCUCCAAGGUGCGCUCGAAAACACUCCAGAAAAUGGUGUCCUUGGCCGGCGCCGAUCCCACCGUAACGGUGCUACAAGGGCAGGAUUUCCUGGCACUAGAUCCAAUGGAUUCCACAUUUGAGAAUGUAUCUGGUUUGCUUCUCGAUCCAAGUUGCUCAGGAAGUGGUAUCGUGGGCCGAGACGAUGUUCCUCAGCUGAAGCUUCCUCAGCCGAAAGUACCCAAGAGCAUCAAGCAGCAGGGGAAGAAGCGGAAGCGCGGAGCCCCAGAGGACCGGGACGCCGCCGAGGAACACCAAUCGAAAGCAACGGUGGGCGAGCCCACGGCUGCCCCAUCUGAUGAGAAUGAUAUCCCUAGCGGAACUAUCGACAAUGAACGACUUGUCAAGCUGUCAAACCUUCAAGCACGUAUUGUGGAGCACGCUCUGAGUUUCCCCAGUGCUACUCACGUCACCUACAGCACCUGCUCCAUCCAUCUCAUUGAAAACGAGGCGGUGGUGGCUCGCAUUUUGGCGUCCGAUAUCGCCAAGGAGCGAGGUUGGCGGCUUUUGCGUCGUGAUGAGCAACCAAAGGGCUUGAAGCAGUGGAAACAUCGCGGGGUUCGGCGGGAUCGAGAUAUUGAAACAGGAGUUGAAUCGGAGGACAGCGCCUCUGUCGCCGAGCUCUCCAAUGAAGACCUGGAGGCUUGCUUACGUUGCUGGUCUGGCGACGCAGAGGGCCUAGGUGGCUUCUUUGUUGCCGGGUUUGUGCGCAACUCACAGGAUAAAUCCACAUCCUCGGGACAAUCCAAACUGGGGAAGCAUCACCAAGCUGAAGAGGAUGACGCUGAAGAGCGAUCUGGAGACGAAGACGGAGAAUGGGAGGGCUUCUCUGAUUAA